CUAUUUUCUAACUGUAAGACAUUACUCGUCUCGGAUAAAGACAAGCAGGGGGAGUGUUAUUGUUUAUCACGAAACCGGUUUGUGCAUGUAGCAUGUAUUUAUGCGAUGGCGAAUAUGAUGGGAAUCGAUGGCAUGCAGAUUGCGUAGCCUUGAACCCUGAGCGUGCAAAUCGUCUGCAUCUGUUCGGGAUCUUUCGCUGUCAACAAUAGAGCCACAAAGCGCUCGCGAGCGCGCUGCACCCAAAGCCAAGUUUCGCAUCGGCGUUAAUGCAUAUAGACUCGAAGCUUUACAAAUAUUGUUUAGCAUCCUGUUGAUGUAAAUACAGAAACGUAAACUUGGAUUGCAUCGUUUGCACGCACGACGUCAUGCAGUAGGCGACUGUACAAGGAAGAUGAAUCGAGGUCAGUUGAAAGGGAAUAACAAAGAGAACCUGCUCUGCAGUCUCGCGAGCAACGAUUAGCGGAAGCGGCACGCUGUUGUAGUGUGUGACAUUCGAACUUCGCAGGAUCGCUAGGAACGGUUUAGAGCAGUAACCGACGUUUAGCCAUUUUGUCUGACGUUUACUGAAUAUAAAUAAAGUUGAGCUACAGACGCUGAGCUGUUCUUUUGCUUCGCGCCGGAUAAACGUUAUUUCAAAUACUGAGCACGCGCGUUUGGGGAAUUACCGGUUAAACCUGGAGUUGUCCGUUGGUUAUUCACCGAUAACUGAAGAAGAUGACGACGACACUUAACAUUAUGUGAAUCAGACGCGACCGUUAAACUUUGUGCUCUGGCACGACUUCAGAGUUGAAAGUGAUUAUUACAUUUAUCAGCAGGCUACUGCCCUGCCCCCUCGGGAGACCCCCUAUGUGGAUUGAACACACCCCACAGUUUUACACAGGAUGGAUGAGCUGGAUGUGAGAUCUCCUUUUUGUCAUCAUCAUCAACAACGUAUUUUGAUCUGUGCAUGGAUCCUGCGUUACUUUUAUCACCAAGCACUUCCCGUGCUCCUCUCCAGCACCUUAGUUUGCAAGAGUAUUGACUUUAUCUGAACUGCUGUUUUGAGAAGAGAGAGGUUUGGCAAGUUUUUACUUGGUUUGAAGCAACCUCUUCUCGCUAGCGCACAUUUAUACUGCUUUUUUUCCAUGUAUGGAUAGCAUAUAAGAUUUGACCCGACUUCUUGCUCCACUCCGUGGAGAAAUGUCAGAGAAUCUCAACGACAAUAUGGUCAAGUUCCUUUCCCCCCCUUCGAAGAACAUCAACGGCUCCAGCUCAGACACGCUGGUGGGCGAGCGUCUAGGUGUCGAGGUCCGCCGUCGCCACCACACCAUGGAGCGAGAACUGCUGAAGGCAGAGCACCGUUUCUUCCGUCGCAGCGUCAUCAACGACUCCAAUGCUACAGCGCUGGAGCUCCCCAGCAAGAACGCAAUCCUAACCAUCUCAACGGACUCCCACGCUCUUGGUUGUGAACCUCCUGCCUCGGAAACCAAAGCCGAUUCAGUGGCCGCACAAUCUGAAGAGUUGGUUGCACCAGAAGAGGAGGGUGAGGGUGUCAAGACAGCUGUAGAGUCAACGCCGGUGCUGAGUGCGAAUACCACACAUCUUCUCUCUGCAGAAGCACCACGUUUGGUUGCUGAGUUAAAGUCUGUAGAUAGUGCUGAUGCAAAACGAGAGGAUGAGAAAGAGGAGGAUGAAGAAGGUAAAGACAAGGCACGAGCUAAGGCAGAUUUGCGGGAUGCGAAGGCGGAGCUGGAAGACAAUGAGGAAGUUGAGACAAACGCAGUCGGGACGUCGCCGGAUGGCCGCUUCUUGAAGUUUGACAUUGAGAUUGGACGUGGCUCUUUUAAGACAGUCUACAAGGGUCUGGAUACUGAAACCACUGUGGAGGUGGCAUGGUGCGAGUUGCAGGAUCGCAAGUUGUCCAAGUCAGAGCGGCAGCGUAUUAAAGAGGAAGCCGGAAUGCUGAAGGGUCUUCAGCAUCCCAACAUAGUACGCUUCUACGACUCCUGGGAAUCAUCCUUGAAAGGGAGGAAGUGUAUUGUCCUGGUGACUGAACUCAUGACAUCUGGGACACUCAAGACGUAUCUAAAACGGUUUAAGGAGAUGAAGAUCAAAGUCCUGCGCAGCUGGUGCCGGCAGAUUCUGAAGGGGCUGCACUUCCUUCAUACCAGGUCGCCUCCCAUCAUCCACCGGGACCUUAAGUGUGACAACAUCUUCAUCACCGGACCUACCGGAUCUGUCAAGAUUGGAGACUUGGGUCUGGCUACCCUCAAGAGGACCUCCUUUGCCAAGAGCGUCAUAGGUACCCCUGAGUUCAUGGCGCCUGAGAUGUAUGAGGAGAAGUAUGACGAAUCGGUGGAUGUGUAUGCCUUUGGGAUGUGUAUGCUGGAGAUGGCUACUUCUGAGUAUCCGUACUCCGAGUGUCAAAAUGCAGCUCAGAUCUAUCGCAGAGUCACCAGCGGGGUGAAGCCUGGCAGUUUUGACAAAGUGGCUAUUCCUGAAGUGAAGGAGAUCAUUGAGGGUUGCAUACGUCAGAAUAAAGAUGAGAGGUAUUGCAUCAAAGACCUCCUAAGUCAUGCAUUUUUCCAGGAGGAAACUGGGGUUCGUGUAGAGCUGGCUGAGGAGGAUGAUGGAGAGCUAGUGUCCAUAAAGUUGUUGCUGCGCAUUGAGGAUGUAAAGAAACUUAAAGGGAAAUACAAAGAGAAUGAAGCCAUUGAAUUUUCCUUUGACUUGCAUAAAGACGUUCCAGAUGACGUUGCCCAAGAAAUGGUCGAUUCGGGCUAUGUUUGUGAGGGUGACCACAAGACUAUUGCAAAGGCCAUAAAGGACAGAGUGUCCCUGAUCUCCCGUAAGAGAGAGCAGAGAAAACUUGUGAGAGAGGAACAAGAAAAGAGGAAGAUGGUGCAGGAGAAUGACCCCUCGCAGCUUGGACCACAUACCGACACCACGGACAAGCCCCCUGGUCCCGCUCUGGCCCCGGUCAUAAUGGAGUCUGAAGAACAUGAAGCAGAUCAGCACCAGCAACUGCAGCAGCCUGGGGCCUCUGCUUCCACUGUAGGUUUUGUGGACCCUAGUUCAGCGCCUGUCCCUGAGACUCACCCUGCCCAGCCAGGCACAUCUUUCAGCACCAUACAGCCUGAUCCACAGCCACAUCCACAAAUCAUGUCACAGCACCCAGCCCAUGCCCCUCUGCAGCAGCCGAGCAGUACUUUGACCCCGGGUCCCACCUCCCAGACUGGAACUGUGGCCACAUCCCAGCCGGCCACUCUGCCCUCUGCCGUUCACGCUACCAUCCCCUUGCAGUACCAUCAGCCACCUCAAGAUGGCAGUGCUCCCCCUCCAGGCCCUCAAAUCUUACAGAUAUGGGCAUGUCAGCUCAGCCCUCCUGUUUUCUCACCACCUCCAAAUGCUGAACAGCUCUAUUUUCUAUAUCAGGCCUGUCAGGCACCACUGACCGUGUCCCAACCGCAGCCAGUAGAGCAGUCACAACCACAAACAUCUCUGGUUCCAACCUCCACAGAAAGUGGUCACUCAGAUGCUGCUUCUGGUCUGAGUGAUGGGAACGAGGGCAGGCAUGAGGGGCGCUCUAUGAAACGACCCCAGAGCCGCUCUGUACGCAGCCGCUCCCGCCAAGAAAAGAUGGCCAAGGCCAAGCUCAAGCUCAAUGUGCUGAAUAUUUCUAAUAUUGGGGACAGAGUUGCUGAAUGUCAGCUGGAAACCCAUAACAGGAAAAUGGUCACAUUCAAGUUUGAUUUGGAUGGAGAUAAUCCUGUAGAAAUUGCUGAAAUUAUGAUCAAAAGUAAUUUUAUCUUGGAGAGCGAGCGGGAAUCCUUCAUAGAGCAGGUUCGAGAUGUCAUUCAGAUGGCAGAUCAGAAAGGAAAAGCUCAGAAAAAUAGUCAAAAUCAGGUGAGCAGUAAUGUGGGCCAACAAGUACCUGAAAUUUCAACAUCCAUUUUGCCUGGUGUGCCACCGAGCGUAGCAGCGCAGGUUGUACAUUCAGCAGGCCGGCGCUUCAUAGUCAGCCCAGUGCCUGAAGUAAGACUUUGCGAGCCGUUUUUUGGACCUCCUUCUGCAGACACAUCAUUUGAAGACUCUACACCAGUAUCUGAUCCCACACCGGCCAGCAGUGUUCAGCAGGACCAAGCUAGCUUUGCACCUGGCUCAACACAGAUUUCUGUUGUACCACCCACACCUGGAGGUCUUGCCCCAGAGACUUCUCAAUACCAGAGCCCUGUCCCAGCAACCACUGUAACUCUGACAGCAGUCACCGCUCAAGUAACCACUCCUACACCAACUACCACUCAGCAAACCAGAACAGGGAGGAUGUCUCCUUCUCCAGCCCCAACUGAAUCACCAGCUCCACGUCGGCUGUCACUUCCCACCCCUUCCUUAACUCCUCAAAAUGUUGUGGCUGAGAGCAAUGGCUUGGAUCAAGCUCAAGCCGCCAUCCAGCAGGUGCAAGUCGGCCCCUCCUCUGUCCCUGUGACGCAACCAUCUGUGACAGGAGAUGGUGAGAGUGAUGUACAGGGGAAGCCACCUGGAAUUGAAGACAUCCAUGCUUUAGAUCAGAAGCUGCGUUCCCUUUUCAAGGACUCCUCCCAGAGCUCCUCCAACCAACCUGAUGGAUCUGGAGAGACGCCUUCCAGUUUGUCUCUCAGUUCCAGUGGGAACUUUGCACCUGGUGCUUUUGCCUCUAUGGUGACACCUACAAGCUAUGUCCAGACAUCAUCUGCAGAUCUGUCCCCACAAAGGCCACAGACCUCCGUAUCUGUAACUCAACCAGAUGGACAGACCAGUGCUGAGGAGAAAGAGCCAGCAACAUCACCACCCGAGGAAGCUUUCAAACUCGGCUUAUGUCAGGUUUCUGUGGCCAGUGAUCAAGACCCAGGCACUGCUCAAGAUCCAGCAGUCAUAGUCUCAUCUUCCUCCAUCACCACAUCUUCAACAACAACAACAUCAUCAUCAUCAUCACCAUCAUCUCUCUCUAGCCCUGAAAACACUGUUCAUAAAUCUCAGACCCCUCCCAGGGUCAGCCCUGAACCCGUCCCUUCUACCACUACAGUCGGCCGCUUUCAGGUGACCUCCAGCACUGACAUCAAAGUGGGCCGCUUCUCAGUGACUCCAGCAGAAGGAAAGAGCUCCUCCAUAAGCUCUGCUGAGGGACCAGACUCGGCUAAAGAGUCUAAAAUGACCCCUCCCACCGUGUCCAUCACCAAUCACUACCUCAGCAGUGACAACGACUCGGAACCAGAAGAUGAGGGCUUUAAACGAGAGAUGAACAAGCUCAGGGAGAGACAUAUGGGUGAGAUCCAGGCAUUACAGAAUAAACAGAAGGAGGAAAUCGAGGAACUCUAUACACGUCUGGGCAAAAUGCCGCCCUCUGUGGUGAUCCCUCCAACCGUGGCCAUCGCAGCAGGCAGAAGGAGACCCACUAAGGGCAAGGGGACCAGGUCAAGAAGUGGUAGUGGUACUGGUUCUUUUCAACAAGGGAACAAACAAGCUGUAGAGAGUGGAAGUUCAGUCAAUCAGUCAGCCACUGGAAAGUCUGAAGCCAUACCAGGCUCAAACAUUCAUGUGCUAGUUACCACAAGUCCAGUGAGAGAAGAGAAUGGACAGAGCCAUGACCAGGACCAAGCACCUGCUGCUAAUCUGCAACACAAGGGCACAUUCACAGCGGACCUCCAUCAGCUGGUGGAUAACUGGGCCAGGGAUGCCAAGAACAAGAUGCCACAGAUGACACGUAAAUACUCUGCACCAGGUCAGCUUUGUUCUAUGGGUGGCCACAUGCCAGCCACCGCCAACCCUACAGCCGGGCGGAAGGGGUCACUGUGUGUGCCCAAUCAGCAGUUUGGCUACACCUGCCCCACCUACAGCAUGCCCCAGUGGGCUCAGACAAGCCCGCUGUCAUCCACCUCUCCCCCCGCAGGACUACAGCAGGGCUUCCUCGUGCCCUCAGGAGCUCACCAGUCUGGAAACAACUGCGGGUCAACCAAUCUACGCACCACUCAGGCGAGCUGAAACAGCAGGGUUGGUUCAAGGAUGGGAAAAGAUGUUCCUCGUGGGGCUGAGAUUAUCGGACCUAGUCCUUUACAUGGAUGUUUUAUCCGACAGUUUACAUCGGAAAGACUUUCAGGUCCAUAUAAUGUGACUCGGGUUAUUCGAAUCUGCUAUUUAAAGACUGAUAGAUGAAUGUGUUCAUUUGAUAAAGAGGCACAGGAAGGGUUUAACUGGUGUAUGUUGUCUUAAACAUCAGAUAUAUAGCCUUAUAGUAUGGAUACUGUCCUUAUUGUAAUAAAGUCAGGCAGUGAAAUACAGUGAUGGUGUUGCGGUUUACCUACAGAAGAGUUAGUGAAUGGAUGGAAAGAGAAGACCAACCUGAAUGAGUUUAUCCUACAUACGAGUCUAGAUUGUUGUAAGACGGAUAAAGAAGGUAGGAAGGAAUGAAUAUUAGGAAGAAACAGCAUUUCAGAGACAAGUAUUGCUUAAGUAGUGCUUUGAAAUGAAAGGAAGAGGAUGUGCAAUGGAGGGAGAUUUAAGCAGGGUUUUAUAUCUCUUCGACAUAUAUUUCUUAGCAUUGUUAAUUUGUGACUUUUUUUUAUAUAUCAUUUAUGAUGAGCUUACAAUAAUACAGUGUAUCUUAUUUAGACAUUCACUUACUCCCUGUUCAAACCCUUGUGUGUAAGUGGAUAGAAGGCUUAAUUUGGAUGAGUGAGCAUCCUGUAUGAAUUUCUUUGUCCAAUCACGUUGCUUUCAAUUUGAAUUAAGCUAGCCUUAAACCGCAGGAUUAUGUCUUCCCCAUCUUUAAAAUGUCACGCAACCAUCAAAGCCCUUGCUGUAGUAAUUAACUUGACCUUUGUGGUGAAAAUAUUUAAUAUGGUGCGUUUGACUGCAGCAACAGAAGUACAGUAUUAAACUACAGCACCUCAUUGCCAGUUUGUUAAAUCACUCCCCCAAACCUUUUUUUGUAUAUCAUAAAUUGAGUGCCAAUCGUUUGCGGAAAUGACGUCCCGUAAAAUGAUCUGCUUGACUUCUCUAGAGAAGGUAAAUGUUACUGCAAUGCAGAAAACAGCGUUUAAAGGUUUAACCAACCAGGGAGGGUUUAUAUGUUACUUUUGAUACUUGAGUGCACAGAUUUGAAUCCUUUGUAAUUGACCAAAACCACAUUUAGACACAGUUAAAACCAUUGAAAUACCACUAAUCAUAGUCACACGAUCCCGUCACAUAACUGAAAUUCUGAAAACUGCAUGGUUUCACAAUCCACAGCUCACAUAUUCCCAUAGAAAACAGCAUUACAUUUGUAGGGUCAAAAAUUGCUGCUGAUGUUUUCUUUCAAAAAGUUUCCAUCCAGGGUCCUUUUGGUGAUUUAUCCAUGGUUUUGUGUUUAAACAAAUGUGUAUAGAUAUAUAUAUAUUCAAAUGCUUAAUAAAACAUUUUGGACUUUUCCUCCUCCCACUA